AUGGAAAAUAUCAAUAAUGUCACAGAAUUUAUAUUGUUGGGACUUUCCCAGAACAAGAAAAUUAAAAACUUGUGCUUUCUAUUAUUCUUAUUUUGUUACAUGGCUAUUUGGAUGGGAAAUACACUAAUAAUGAUUUCAAUCACAUGCAGUCAGCUGAGGGACCAACCCAUGUAUUUCUUCCUUAAUUAUCUUGCUCUCUCAGACCUUUGCUAUACCUCCACAGUGACACCCAAGCUAAUCACCGACUUGCUGGCAGAAAGGAACGUGAUUUCAUAUAACAACUGCAUGGCCCAGCUCUUUACCAUGCACUUCUUUGGGGGCAUUGAGGUCUUCAUCCUCACGGUGAUGGCCUAUGACCGCUAUGUGGCCAUCUGCAAACCCUUGCACUACACCAGCAUCAUGAGCAGGCAGAGGUGCAAUGCUCUGGUCACUGCUUGCUGUGCUGGGGCAUUUCUACAUUCCUUUGUUCAGUGCCUCCUCACUGUCAAUCUACCUUUCUGUGGCCCCAAUGAAAUUGACCAUUAUUUCUGUGAUGUGUACCCUUUGCUGAAACUGGCCUGCACUGACACACACACAGUUGGAAUCCUGGUGGUGGCCAACUCAGGUAUGAUGGGUUUGGUGACCUUUGUGGUUUUGAUGCUGUCUUACUUUUUGAUAUUAUGGACCAUCAGGGCUUACCCCGCAGAGAGCCGCAGCAAGGCUCUUUCCACUUGCAGUUCCCACUUGAUGGUUGUGGUUUUGUUCUUUGUGCCUGUCCUCUUCAUCUACAUUAGACCAGCCACCACUUCUCCAGUAGACAAAGUGUUUGCUCUUUUCUACACCAUCAUCGCUCCCAUGUUUAACCCUCUGAUCUACACGCUGAGAAACGUGGAGAUGAAGAAUGCCCUGAGGAAAGUUUGGUGCCAGAAACCACUUUGGAUUGGGAAGCAUUUCAUCUGA